AUGGCUCUACAACCCUGCCGCUCUGGCCUCUUACGGAGUAGACAAGUCACCCGAAAUCUUAUGCCCUGCCUACGUACCUAUGCCACCGACUCGACUCCCGAAUCCUUCAAGGCCGAAGCCGCUUUUACCUCUGAAUCCGUCCCACGAUGGAAGCAAACACCCCCCGCCAUGAAGGCUCCUCUACAACUGGACUUUGCCAAGAACCCCCGAAACAAGGUCUGGACUGUCAACAAUGACCCUCGAAAGCUGGAUGAGGUGUAUGAGCGUCUACUGGGUCAAGGUGGCAGCAGACUUCUCCCCGAGGAGCUCAAAUGGCUCGCCGUUACGCACAAGAGUUUUGACCAGGGAAGGAGAGGAUUCAACGACCGAUUGGCGCUUCUAGGACGAAUGACCCUCAUCAUGGAGACAACUAAGACGAUCGUUGCUAAGGAUCCUAUGGGAGCACCAAAAAUUGAUGACGGAUUCGAGCGUGAGCCAUUCAUGCAUCCCAACCUGCAGUCUGUAGACAAUUUGUCUGUGGCAGGACCUAAGGAUAUCGCUGGCAAGGAUAAUUUGUCUGGCUUGGCCGCUGAAGUGGGCCUGAUUGAUGUUGUGCGGUGGAAACCCCGAAAGGUGCAAAAACUCAAGACUUCUGGUGUCGACGUCGUGCUCAAUGGUGCGAUCCUGGCCAUCAUUGGAGCCGUUACUCUUCAGCACGGAUCCGCAGUGGCGUCACAGGUGAUUAGGGAGCGAAUAUUGUCAAGGCUACAGGAAUAA